CGGCCUGUAGGACCAGCGGCGGCGGCGGCCUGUGGGUCGUCGCGGGUUGUGGCUCACUGGGUGUUUAUUCAGUGUACGAAAACGAAGAUACUGCUGAAGGCCUUACCCCGAAAGUCAGAAUGGUUCUUUAUGGGAUGGGGAAGCCGUAGGGAGUUUGUAUCAUGGCAGCAGAUGAGGAUGGACUGGGACUGUUUAAUACCCGCUGUGCUGCUGAAGCAUCCCCCUUUAAGGAAGGUGAUGAGAGCUCAGUGGAUAUUUAUGAUGGUUUGGACAGUGGCUUGACAGCUCCUGACAACUCUGCUCCAAAUUCAACACCAGCUGGCAACAGUUUAAACUUAUUUGAUGAGAUAUUAAUUGAAGAAGGAACUGCAAAGGAAGCAUCUUACAAUGAGCUGCAGGCAGAGUAUGGAAAAUGUCAACAGCAAAUUAAAGAGCUGAUGAAGAAAUUGAAGGAAAUACAGGCACAGAAUAUCAUUCUACAGAAUGAAAACCAAGCUCUUAAAAAAAAUAUUUCAGCACUUAUCAAAACAGCAAGAGUGGAAAUUAACCGUAAGGAUGAAGAAAUCAGUAAUCUCCAUCAAAGGCUAUCAGAAUUUCCCAGUCAUCGAAGUGGCUUCACCAGGGCAAAUCUUCCUGGAUCAACUAACGGAAGGUGCUCUGAGAUGUGUAAGACAAAAGAUUACAAAUUCAGAUCUUCUGACUUAGGUGACAGUACAAAGAUGGAUCAUAGAAUGAAAAAUGACUCUUCAAAGGAUAUGUACCACAGUUAUUCAUCUCACAGUGUGGAGAACGUGAAGUCUAGCUCUGAUAAAAGAAACACUCCAUAUAUACUGCGCUACCCUCCUGAAGAGCUCUGUGGUGACAGUAAUCAUAUAUGUCCAUCAAACCAUGAUCAUAGUUCUAACAAGGAUAAUAAAAAGGAAAAAAAGGAAACAAAAAGUGAUGAACAGCACAGUAGGGGAAAUGUCAACAAAUACAAAAGAGAAGUACAUCAAAGUACUGGUAACAGUGGUAUUUGUAGUAAUACCAGUAGUGAAGAAGGGAAUUCAGAUCCUCAUCAGAAGCUGAGAGCCCACUCAGAAAAGACUAGUAAAAAUGAGUUGCAGCAAAAUAAUCAGAGCAUAAAAGUCAAAUGCAGCCCAUCCACAGAAAGAAAAGUAGAAAAGAGUGUUUCUUCCUGGGAUAAACAAACUACUGAUAAAGACAGAUGUCAAGCAAGAGGAGAAUUGUAUGCAGGUGAGAGAUCACUGAACGUAAUGAAGAAAGACAUUAAAAUGCAUGAUAAAGGUGAAAAGAACCCUAGCCAAAAAAUUAAACCAAAUGAUAAACUACAGGAGCAAUCAAGGAGGUCUGGUAGAGGGAAUAGUCCAUAUUCAAAGAAUGAACAUUCAAAGACUCUUCAUGAGUCACGUAAAUGCCAUGUGGAAGAGUCCAGAACAGGAAGAGACAUCAACUGCAAGAGAGACAGAGGAGCAAAUGAUCAUAGUUCUCGAGAAGGAAGGUCUUCACCUUCUAAUUCCAGCAGCAGAGAGCAUAAAUAUGCACGCUUUAAGGAAAACAGUAGUAGGUAUGAGUGGGAAACAGCACAUUCCAAAUCAGAGAAGCACAGAACUGAAGAAAAAAGGAAAAGGGAAAGAGAAAAUCAAGAUGAAAAUAGACAUUCUAGAAGUGAAAGAAAAGCUACAAAAGAGGUUUCUCACCAACCUUCAAAAAAAUCUAAGAGAGAUACAGAUAUAAAAAGUGAGAGAAACAAGUCCUGUAGGUCAGAAGAAACAGCCAGAGUUACAGAUAGUUUAAAAGACCAUAAAUUUCCCCAAACUAAAAAUCACUCUGUGAUGAAAAGCAAAGACUUGAAACUCAGCUUUAUGGAAAAGCUGAAUUUAACUCUUUCUCCUGCAAAAAAGCAGUGUCUUUUGCCAGCUGAUGGACUUAAAGCACCUUCCCAAAUGGCUACGGAUGAGGGAACUACAGAGUUUACUCUGCAUGCAGAUGUGGUAGAUUCUGCCCACCCUGUUAACUGUGGUGCUGCAGUGCAAAUGAAUUUAACGCUACAAGUUCCAGAUGUUGCAACUAAAAUCAGUGUGGAACCAACACUUCCUGUUUCUGUCAAUUCUGAAAGUGAAGCCUUGAAAGUAGCAGCAGCAGAUCCAGCUCAGUCUGAAGCACUGUCAGCAGUGACAACCUGUGAAGUGAACUCAAAAACCUUACAAGAGCCAGUAGUGGGGUACAUACCCUCCCAAGCCUUGCUGGGAACAGCAAAGGUACUGAUUCCUGAUGAGAUGCCAACUGAAACUUUGUCAUCAUCAGCAGCAGCAGAGGCUUGUGAUCCAAUUGAAUUAGAAGCCUCAGCAAUGUCUGUAACAGAUCUGAAUCACCCUGAAGCUUCCUCUCAGGAGGUGGCAGGAAGCAUGGCACAAUAUGAAAACUUGCCUAUGACAGUACAUGUGAUGCACAAUGAUAAUGUGCUAGCAGCAGAAAUGGGACAAUCUAAAAUGCACAGUGAAAAUAUGGGAACACUUCCUGAGUCAGCAGUGGAGAAGGAAGAGGAAAAUGAAAUAUGGCUAACUGCUGACACAAAAAACUCUUCAGACCACCAGGACUCUCAAAACCUUGUCUUAUGUAACCUGGAAGCCAAAAGUUCUGGUGACUUGGAAUCAUGUGUUGCUGCAGGUGAUACUAAUGAAACAAAACAAGAAUCUUCAGUGGAUGUAGUGAAAGACAGUGAUCAUUUGACUGUAGAAAAUCUUGAGCAUCCUGUUGAGGAAAAAGAAGUCUGUGGAAUUAGUAUGAAUGCGUCUCAGUCACCUGACAAAACUGUAUUAAACAAUAAAGAUGUACCAUUGGUUGACCAGAAUGCAUGUGAUAUGGAGCCGGACUUAACUGAUAUUGGUACAACUGCAUCUUCAUCUAUAAGCAAUGACAUGUAUCCUGGAACUAAAGAGGGAGAACCUAACCCAGUACCUGUUGAUGAUGACAGUUCAAUACUGAGCAUUGAUCUCAAUCACUUGAGGCAUAUUCCAAAGGCUAUCAGCCCACUGAACAGUCCAAUACGCCCUUUGGCAAAAGCACUUAAGAUGGAAAGUCCCUGCAAAGGUCUCGUGAAGAGUUAUAACAAAGAUUUAAUUCCUGAAGGUACAGUUGUCAUCUGUCCCUCAAAGAAUUUGUCAAAGGAGGUAAAUAAAGAAAAUCAAAAGCCUAUUAGCCUGUCUGAUGCACGCUUAGAGAUCGAGUCCCGGCUGAGUAUCUCUUCAGAUGAAAUAGAAGAAGGAGAAAUCAUAAGUAGUGAUGAAGAUGAGGAAAAAUCUAAAUCAGAAGGACAUUCUGAAAAUCCAAAAAAGACGAGACCAAAAACUUCUUCUGAAACACGGAAUUUGACCAGCAGUCCACAAAAUCAAAAGAACAAAACUGUACAUUGCAAUGAGGAUAAUGGAAAAUUUGUUUCUUUGAAAGGAAGUAUGCAGAACAGAGAGAGACAUAAAAAGCAGACUUUCAGGUCUUCAGAGGAAGUGAAGAAAAGUAAAACUGUGAGCAUUACUUGUCUUGAAAAAAUAGUUCAAGUUAUAGUUGAACCUUCAAAUGUGCAAGAAAUCAUGCAAAUGCUAAGAGCUAUACGAAAGCAGAUGAGGAAAAAUUAUAUGAAAUUCAAGGUACGCUUCCCAGUUCAGCAUUUUCAUAGAAUUAUUGAAUCUGCUAUCAUAAAUUUUACAUCUUUAAUAAAGCACUUGAACUUUUCCAAGAUGUCUACAUCAGGUGAGACAUUAAAAUUGAAUGUAUGUGAUAUUAUAGAGUCCAAACUCAAGCAAGUUAAAAAGAAUGCAAUAGUAGACCAUCUUUUUGAACAACAAGUAUCAGAUAUGAAAAAACGGUUAUGGAAAUUUGUAGAAGAACAGCUUGACUACUUAUUUGAGAAGGUGAAGAGAAUUAUAGUAAAACAAUGUGAUGUGAUAAAGUUGGGAAAUGAGAGUGAGGAAGGGAAGCUUGAAAGAACAGGAAAACAAAACCGCAAAAUCAGUCAUAAAAAUGAUGUGCAGAGAUCUAGGAAAAAGUCUCUGAAAGUCAGAUCUCAAAAACCUCAAGAAUUUAUCCUUUCUAAGCAGUCUGUGGAUUAUCAGAAACCUAAGUGUCAUCAUGAGAAAAAUAAAACAGAUGCACCAAAAGCUGCUUUCACGAAAUGUCUUAACUCCAUUGAUAACACAAGGAAUUCUCAAACCAAAGUGCAACCUACUAAGGAGAAUAACUUACAAUGCACUAUCACUCCACUGAAAGGCAUAAAACAUGAUAAAGAAGGAUUCCAGCAAUUCAGAGAUGCUCACAAGUCUGAUCUUAGUUAUGACCUCCUCACAGAACAACAAGCAUCCACUCUUACGUUUAAUCUUGUAAGUGAUGCUCAAAUGGGUGAAAUUUUCAAAAGUUUGUUGCAAGGUUCUGAUCUCUUGGAAAAAAGUGGUGGCAACAUCGACAGACAUGAUUGGGAGUUCAGGACACCAGAAAAACAGUUUUCAGAUAAUCAUAAAUGCAAAACUAAUACUUCUGAAUUAGUGCAAAGAAUUGCUCCAAAGGAGGUUCAUGUAGAAUCUCGAUCCAUAGAGGAUAUUAGUUGGGCUGUUGUUUCACCUAUACGAGCUCCACCUUUAACUUCUAGGUUGUCUGUUGAUCCGGAUGUACUAGAUGAAAGUUGUAUGUUUGAAGUUCCUACAAGUGCAACUUCAUGCAGAGAAGAUGAAUGCAGUUUACAAAAGAGUAAAUCAUUUGUUUCUUCUAUCCUUCUUGAAGAUUUGGCUGUUUCCUUAACUAUUCCAUCACCUUUGAAAUCAGAUGCUCACCUCAGCUUCUUAAAAUCUGAGAAUAAUUCUGGCUCAACUCCUGAGUGUGUCCUUAGUGCGCAUUACAGUGAGGAUGCUCUUCUUGAAGGGGAAGAUGCUACUGAACAAGACAUUCAUUUGGCUUUAGAAUCUGAUAACUCCAGCAGUAGAUCAAGUUGUUCUUCAUCGUGGAUGAGUCGUCCUGUUAUUCCUGGUUUUCAGUGUCGCUCCAGCCUGCCAAUGCAAGCAGUAAUCAUGGAGAAAUCCAAUGAUCAUUUCAUUGUAAAGAUCAGGCGUGCAGUGCCAACUAUCACCCCAGCAUCUGAUCAGAUUGCUUUAGUGAAGGAGACAUGGGCAUCUUCAACCAAGAAUGAAAAAGAAGAAAUGAGAAAUGGUGAAAAAGGAAGGUGCAGGCAGAGCACUAUAGCAGCUACUUUGCAGGAAGCUGUCAAACCCGAUCUGCUUAAGACUGAUCAGUUACCUUAUGUCAGCAUUAGAAAAGAGCAGAAUCCUGCCUUACCUCAUCCUCUGAAGGAGUCUCAAAGUAGUGCUGGAAAGGAAGAAACUACCCCCUUGCUUGGACCUCAUAGAAAGCCUUCAAAUGUAGAUAGCUGUGACACUGAAAGCCCAAGUGAAGGUUCUGAGCAGCCUCAGACACACAAAUUGGAAGUAUCUGAAAACACAGAUGGAACAAGUGCUGGAUCCCAAGCUUCUUUUUCUGUUGGUUGCAGUGUAGUGUCAGACUUAACAAAUGAAAGUGUUAAAAAAACUUUGUAUUUUGCUGUGGAAUCUGCUGCAAAUAAGAAGAGUCAGCAAGUUUCUACAGGAAACUCAGAAAUCGGGAAUAAAAAAGAAUUGGAAGAGUGCUCUGAUGCAUUCAUAGACUUAACAGAAGACCUUUCCAAUGAGAUCAUAGCAGGUGAAUGUAAUCUUGAAGAAAAAUCUGCUUUGGAUACUGAUGGAGGUUGUCAAAUAAACAUAGAUGACAAAACUAGUAAAAAACGGAGAAAGGAGACUGUCGAAGAGAAUUCCAACUUAAAAAGGCAACGAAAAGAAACUGAAUCAGCGGAUGAAGGCAGCAAUGGAAGUGAUGUAAAAUCUGAAGGGAUAAAUUCAGGACAGAAACAAUGUCACAGCAAGAAUAAUGAGUUGCAACAAAACAAAGAGUCUUCUCCUUUGUCCUCGGGGGCAUCAUCACCUGGUCUGUAUGCCAAAAACAUCAUUAAAAAGAAAGGAGAAGUAGUAGUUUCCUGGACCAGAAAUGACGACCGAGAGAUUUUACUGGAAUGUCAGAGAAAAGGACCUUCAAGUAAAACCUUUGUUUCUUUAGCCACUAGGCUGAACAAAAGCCCAAAUCAGGUUUCAGAAAGAUUCAAGCAGCUUAUGAAGCUAUUCAAGAAAUCCAAGUGCAAGUAACUUACCACCAUGCUGCUUUGUGGCUGCAGGAUUUAACUGUACCAGCAGUGAUGGACUGCAAUCACUGUGUUUGUGUGUUAUACGUAGGAGGAGGUAUCCAAGUCAGCAUACUAAGUCUGAUAAAUCUGCUGUGCUCUGAAAUGUUUUGCCAGAGCAACAGAAUAAUACAGAGGAGUCUGGCUGGGAAGGAAUGUGUGUGUACAAAUGGUGUAGUAUCAUUUCAAGGGAGUGACAUCUCAUGUUGGUUAUAUGCAUUCUAUAAGUAAGGAGAAGAAUGCAGUCAAGUACUUCUGCUUGUCUUGGCAGAAGUACUCUGUACGGUGAUGUCAAACUGCGAUUUUAAAACAUAACAGUUCUUUGGAGUCGAGUUAGGUAAUGCUGGAAAAUGAUAAACAUUCUGUCUUGGUUAUGUUGAAAUGUGAAAACUGGUACUUUAAGAAGUUAGGCUUUUUUCUUUUAGGACAAGCCAACGUAAUGAUUACAAUAAUUCCAGAAGCUGUUUAUCAGUAAUUGAAUUCUGAUGGGAAGAAAUAGGUUGUUUUUCCACUAUUUUGUCAGAUGCUCAUUGGCGUGUUUCAAGGAGAGGAAAUUUGGCCCUGAGUAUAGGAUUUGUCUUCAACUUUAAACGUGCUCUCUAAGCCACUUGAUGUCCAACUGAAAAAGAUGAAUUCAUUUAUUAGAGGAUAUCCAUCUGUCUCCACUGAUAAUGGGAGAGGUCUAGAUAGUUGGCCUCGACUAGACUCCCUAACCUUUAGAUUUUUUAAGUCAAAUAAAAUGAGUCCCAACUGCUGUGACACAGUGGAGCCAGCCAUUGAGUUGGUGACUGUUUUUUCUGUUUCAUCUGAACUGUGAAAUAGUGACAAGUGUUCGUUUAACAAGAACGAUUGUGUAGUUUAAAACAUCUUGCAGAUCUGCUGACAUUUAAAGUGAGUUCAUGCUGAGUUUGUAUAGCUGAAUUUUCUUUUUCUUUCAAGAAAAGCAUAAAGAAAUUUAUCUUCUCCAAACCACAUCUUGGAAAGAUUCUUAAGUUAGUUUAAAUUAAGCUAAUGUAGGUCAAUAGGCCUUCUGCAGAAUGAGCACUCCAUUUAGUUUCCAAAAAAAAAAAAAAAGCAUUUUUUAAAAAAUUAAUUUAGAAACAGACCUUUGCAGUUUUACAAAAUGUUACUUUACACUAAUUAACCAGGAGAAAAACUUUUUUAUUUUGAAUCCAAGCGAUCUCAAAAGCUUGUCAGUUUAGUAUGUUUUGACAGCAGUGUGUGUGUCGUUACAAGUUGUUUAGUACAUCAGAAAUUCAUGGCGUUUCAUCUGAAAGGAUUCUGAUAACUGCCUCUGGUUUUACUAGUACAUACUGGAAGUGUGUAGCUAUUUCUGUGCGUAUCUAUAUAUACAUUGCUGCUUUAUCCCAAGUUUCUAAAAAGCUUUCCUUCCUCCCUGUAAGAAGCAUUCCUGCAAGUUGCACAGGUCAGGCUUGUAUUAUAAAUACGUCGGAGUUUGAGGUUCUCGUUGCUAUUGAAGAUCAGAAUUGCCGUAGGCUUCAUUUAGUUGGAACAUCUGCUGAGAUGAGCUCGACUUCAUUUAAGAGCCCCACUGACACACACCACCUCUGAACUUGGAUUAAAUUGCUUUCUUAUAGAAUUCAAUGAACGCUUCUUGAAUCUCAGGAUAAUGGUUUUUGGCUCACUUCCUGAGACAUAGUAAACUAGCAGGACAGACUUUUCACUCUAUUCAACCAUCAGAUGAUUCAUCAGUGGGGUUGCCACUGAUACCUCUGGAAUAUUGCAAAUGUGACCUAUGGAACUGAUUGUCAUGCUGCCGAGCAGUGGAUAGUUCUGAUUUUAGGCAGUGUUCUGGGAGCUCCUAGAAGGAAUAACUUGAGUAGGUUGUAAUGUCAGUUCUGGCAGUCUUCCAUCUCGUGUGCUUGCUUCUAAAACAUUUGCAUUUGGUGAGCGAAUGUCAUCUUCUGAGCUGCAUGGGCAAGACCUGGUUAGUGAUUUAAGCUGAGAUCAGAGCACCUGUUCAUGCUUGUUCUUAAAAAAAACAUUUUUUACAAUUGUUUACUGAUUGAAGUUUAAAUUUGACUGAAUUUGUUCUCAGAAAAAUGCUGCUCUGCAAGCUGGCUAGUGUUUGUGGAAAAAUCAGACUCGAGUAUUUUUAUAACCAUAUCUUUAUAGAUCAAAAUGUGCACAAUACUGAAGGCACUGAGGGGAAUCAGCCCCGCUACAUAAGUGCUUUCUCUCUGUCUCAAAAAAGCAGACAGUAUUUUAUUAUGAAGUUGUUUAUUCCUUGUUUGUGUGUAUUUACUUUCUUACCUGUACAGGUUGGGGUGGGGGAGGGUUGACCUUUGAUUCUGACUUGGAUUUCUUUUUUUGUAAAUUACGAAACUUUUUUUAAUGUUCGGUCUGUUGUAAGUAUUUGUACAGAUUCCUACAUUGUCAUGUAAAAUAUCCUGUGUGUGUGUGUGUGUAUAUAUAUAAAUAUAUGUAAAAAAUAGAGCUUUGUUUAGCCAAAGAUGAUUUUUUUAACUAUAUGAAGCCCUGGGUUUAUUUUGUAUAAACUAGUUUGCUUACUGUAAAAGUAAUGCAAAGAAUAAAACUGUAAAGUUCA